AUGGAGUCGUCCGACGGCCGAAUCGAACGCCCCACAGACCCCGAUGGACUGGUCCUCGAGGCCUGGGGCCAGGGACUCAUGGUCGGCUCCCUGGUCGUCAUGACUGCAGUCAUUGUCGCCAACAUGAAGCGGCACAUUCUCCUGCACAAGCUCAUUCUGAUCGAACUCCUCCUCGCCAUCCCACACGGCGCCUUCAUCUUCAACAAACCACCAGUUUACGGAUGGUACCUCUCUGUCAGCGCGAUCGGGCUCAACGUCUCCUGGAGCCUGCACAAUGUAAUCGCCUGGAUGAAAAUCAAGCCCUUUUACUCCCGCCGGGUCUCACAAGCCUACAUCGCCACCGUGAUCCUCGUCCAGCCAUACUGGGUGCUGGAGAUCUACGCCAACUUCACGUACUUUAACAAUAUCAAUCGCAUCUUCGUGGUCACGAGGCCGCUUGAGCCGCUUUUUCGCGACCCCUGGUGGAUCUGCACAACCCUCUCGCUCUUCUACACGAUCAAACGCGGCUACAAUUUUGGCCUCGUCGAGCUCGCAACCGCCAGCCCGCGCUUCGGUAUCAUGCUCGCCUCAAUGUGUCUCUCGAUCGUCUUCAUAAUUGUCGAUACAUGUAGCGUCCUCGGGGCGUUUGAUAGCGCCUCGCUGCCUAUUGGUGUGCAGCCCUUUUGGAAGCUCUCAUUCAUCUUCAAAUGCCUGUGCAACGCCGUGAUCCUGGACGACUUCAAAGUCGCCCUGGACCGGAUCCGCGCAUAUCGGCUGCGCGCGUCGGUGUCUGAUACGAGACCUGGUCCACAUCAUCCGGAUGUUGGCGCGCGCCGUUCGGUAUCAGUGCCGAGGCGUGCUACUGGAGUGAGCUCGUCGGAGGGUGCGCUUGUCGUCGACGUGGAGGAUCCACAACGGAUGUAUUCGUAA